GGCUGACUUCCGCAAUCCUGAUGGAAUAAAUCUAGCACCCCUGGUCUUCCGCCCACAUUAGCCACACUUUGUGCCGGAAAGGAGCCCAGACGCGAUUCCCAACUUCAGGAUGUGGGGGCUCAAGGUUCUGCUGCUACCGGUGGUGAGCUUUGCUCUGUACCCUGAGGAGAUGCUGGAUACUCAGUGGGAGCUAUGGAAGAAGACAUAUGGGAAGCAGUAUAACAGCAAGGUGGAUGAAAUCUCUCGGCGUUUAAUUUGGGAAAAGAACCUGAAGUAUAUUUCCAUCCAUAACCUUGAGGCCUCUCUCGGUGUCCAUACAUAUGAACUGAGCAUGAACCACUUGGGAGACAUGACCAGUGAAGAAGUAGUUCAGAAGAUGACUGGGCUCAAAGUACCUCCCUCUCAUUCCCACAGUAAUGACACCCUCUACAUCCCAGACUGGGAAGGCAGGGCUCCUGAUUCUGUUGACUACCGAAAGAAGGGCUAUGUUACUCCUGUCAAAAACCAGGGUCAGUGUGGUUCCUGUUGGGCUUUCAGCUCUGUGGGUGCCCUGGAGGGCCAACUCAAGAAGAAAACGGGCAAACUCUUAAAUUUGAGUCCCCAGAACCUGGUGGAUUGUGUAUCUGAGAACAACGGCUGUGGAGGAGGCUACAUGACCAACGCUUUCCAGUACGUGCAGGAGAACCGGGGCAUUGACUCUGAAGAUGCCUACCCGUAUGUGGGCCAGGACGAAAGCUGUAUGUACAACCCAACAGGCAAGGCAGCCAAAUGCCGAGGAUACAGAGAGAUCCCUGUGGGCAACGAGAAGGCACUGAAGAGAGCGGUGGCCCGUGUGGGACCUGUCUCCGUGGCCAUCGAUGCAAGCCUGACCUCCUUCCAGUUCUACAGCAAGGGCGUGUAUUACGAUGAAAGCUGCAAUGGUGAUGAUCUGAACCACGCACUGCUGGCCGUGGGAUAUGGGAUCCAGAGGGGAAAGAAGCACUGGAUACUUAAAAACAGCUGGGGAGAAAACUGGGGAAACAAAGGCUACGUUCUCUUGGCUCGAAACAAGAAUAAUGCAUGUGGCAUUGCCAACCUGGCCAGCUUCCCCAAGAUGUGACUGCAGCCAACCAGCCUCCUCCUGCGCUUGUGUUCCUCCUUGAUGGUGUAGUGUCAUGAUGUACCGUCGAAGGGAGCUGUGUACCAUUCUCGAAACAGAUGCGGCAACACUGAGACUCUGUUUCAUUCUUCGUUCACUGGUGCUUCAAGUGAUGCCCACUACUUUCCUUCUGUCCCUCCGAGGCCCUUUUCUCUGGGGCCACGUGCAGGAUUUCCCUGAGAGGUGUGGGCGCAUGGCUAAGAGAGUGACCAUAGCCCUCCCUGACUAUGUUGUCCUGGGGUUGACGCUGUGCAUGUCUUCCAGCGGGCUAGAUUCUGGUGCAUUAGGACUACUUAGCUUUAAGUACCCUGGAAAACUAGGGUGACCUGCUUUCAUGGUUUUUGAGUUUCCUUCCAUAUCCUCAAGGUAGAAAUUUCUGUGUUUUCCACUCGAGUUCACAAAUGUAUUUGUAAGUCUUUGGUGCAAAUUCACAUGAUAGAAGAAAUUUUUUUUCCUUCUUUGCACUUUUGAAAUAAAGUAUUUAUCUCUUGUCUACAGCGUAAUAAACAGCAUUUAGUACA